AAAUAUGUCUGACAUGUUUCAACUGCACAUUUUACUCGCACAAUAUAAUGGAAAGCUAAUUUAACCACGGGGGUGAUUAAAUUGAUAUUUUUUUACUGUAAAGUCUACAUUGAAGCAUGAAUGACACUUUUUUUAACUACAAAAGUGUCCAAUCAGCAAUUUCAUUCCCUCCGCGCAUUUUUAAAAGCAAGUUUUCCUUAUUUCAUGUAAAAAUUGUUUCACGGAACGUGCCUUGUUUUGUUUUGUGCUUUACUUUGAAAGUAUUUGUCUUAACUCAUAGUACCUCGAACAAUUGGAGCUAGCAGAUGAUCUUGAGAACUGGAAAGGCGCAGAACUCCUUGACCCAACCGGGGAGAGCUGCGGGGCAAUUUUCGCCGGCAUCACCUUGGCCAUCGAUUUAUUUAAAUUCUUCGUGAUAAAAGGGACACUGAAGUUCAUCGAUAACGAAUUAAACGCUCAUUUCAAAAAACUAAUGCUGAAGUGGCGGAACGAGACGUACCACUAUUGGAUGUCGUGGCCCAAAGUCAACCGCACCGUCACGGAUUUCUACGACAAGAUCAACACCUGGUUGAAACCGAUCUCGCACGCACUGAUCAACUUCCCUUUGCGCGUCAUCUACGUGGUCUACAAAACGAUCAGCAGUAUCGCGACGAUGGUUCUCGGUAGCAAUGCGGUUGAGUUCGUGUUCCCGCAGAGGAAGGGUGAAAUCUUGUCGGAGCUUCACUACAACGGGUCGUGGAUCCAGAUGUGGUAUGAUGCGCGGUUGAACGAAAGUUGGGGGUUGCCGUUCUACUUGUCGCCGAGCACUCGCCUUUGGAUGGCGGGGGCAACGCUCAGGGAGAUCACAGAGCGAAAUUCUCGGGAGAAAGGCUCUGCGCGCUAUGGACUUACGCACUUUGCACCUUAUACCAAAACCGAAUUUCAGCGUAAGUACUGUACCUAUCAUUCUACGUACGACGGUCGAGCUUUUUACUCUGAUGAAGAAACCAUCAACGUGGGCCCAACGCCGGAGCAAUUCGACUGGAAAACAAGAGGACUCGUUUCAAAAGUGAAAAAUAACGAAAACUGUGGAGGCGGCUGGGCAUAUGCAGUUGUGGACUGUCUAGAGAUGCAUAACGCAAUCCGCCGAAAUGCAUCUGUUGUUGAAUAUUCUGCACAGCAAAUAGUAGAUUGCGAUAAGAACUCUCGAGGUUGUGCGGGUGGAAGUGUGACGAAUGCUUACAAGUACAUAAAAGACGCCGGAGGCCUUGCAUUGGAGCGUUCGUACCCAUACACUUUUAGGGAAUCAAGUUGCUUCUUUGAGCCAUCUAUGGCCAAGAUCAGAAUAAAAAGCACCUUUUACACCUUGCCGCCCAGCGAGGAAACUAUACGCCACUUCAUCUACAAUUACGGUCCAGUUGUUGCAGCCAUCAAUUGCGCUCAGUUACAAUUUUAUAAAAGAGGGGUGAUUCGAUGUAACGACGAGAACUGCAAUCCAAGGCACAUGAAUCACGCUGUGGUUGUGGUUGGAUAUGGUGUCGAGGGUUCCAGGGGCGCGAACAGUACAUCUGGUAUACCGUAUUGGCUCGUAAAAAACAGCUGGGGAACUGCUUGGGGAGAAGAGGGAUAUUUCAAAGUCUUCCGCGGAAAGAGAGAAAACACCUUGGGAAUCCAAAAUUUCCUUACGGCUCCAAUGGUUGAUGUCGAUUCUUCUGAAGGGAAAGGAAAGUGGUGACCAAAAUAAUCGUAACAAAAUGAAUGAGUACUUGUGAUAUUUUUGUUUGAUAUGAAGAAUGAAAUAAAUUGUAAAUGAUAUUGAAAGUAUUUCGGAAUAAAAGUUUCAUAAAACGAU